AUGGCUUCAGGGAUGGAAGAAAAGACUGUCGGCCUCAGCCGUGCCGACAGCACCAACAGCAACAAGCUCGGGACUGUCAUGUCUGGCACCAAUGCUGCUGUUGCUCAACAGUAUGGCGAGACCCAGCGUGGUCUCAGCCCUCGCCAUGUCCAGCUGAUGGCUAUCGGAGGUUCUAUUGGUACCGGUCUUUGGGUCGGUAUUGGCGGUGUCUUGUCCAAGGCCGGCCCUCUCAGUCUCGUUCUCGGUUACACUUUCUGGGGUCUCCUCUUCAUCUGGCCGCUCAACUUGUCUGUCGCCGAAAUGUGCGCCUACCUGCCCAUUCGCGGUACCAUCUUCGAACUCGCCUCUCGCUUUGUUGACCCUGCUCUCGGUUUCGCCAUGGGAUGGACUUACUUCUUCGCCGGUCUCAUGUUGGUUUGUACGGAAUACAGCGCUGUCGCAACGGUCAUUCAAUACUGGAACGCGGAUAUCAACCCGGCUGCCUGGAUUGCCGUGGCCAUGGUCUCCUGUGUGGCGGUCAACUUGGUUGCAGUCAAGUACUACGGAGAAUCCGAGUUCAUCAUGGCUUCGACAAAGGUCAUACUGCUGAUCGGCCUGUGCCUUAUCACCCUCAUCACCAUGUCCGGCGGCAACCCUAUGAACGACGCCUAUGGAUUCCGUAACUGGGGCGACGGCAACUACAUCCACGCCUACUUCACCGACGGGUCGACAGGGAGGUUCUUGGGAUUCUGGAAGGUUGUCAUCUACGCUGCCUUCACCAUUGCCGGUCCCGACAUGAUCGCCCUCGCCGCUGGUGAGAUCCAAAACCCCCGCCGCACCAUCCCCCGCGUCGCCAAGCUCAUCUUCUACCGCCUUGUCGGUUUCUACGUUGUCGGUGUUCUGUGCGUCGGCAUCAUCUGCAGCUCCCGCGACCCUGGCUUGCUCGGCGCCAUUGAGAGCGGCGAGCCCGGUGCUGGUGCUUCCCCUUGGGUCGUUGGUAUCAAGAACCUCCACAUCAAGGCUCUUCCCGAUAUCAUCAAUGCCUUCAUUCUCCUCUCUGGAUGGUCCUGCGGUAACGCUUACCUCUACUCGACUUCCCGCACUCUAUAUGGUCUCGCUCGCGACGGACAGGCCCCCAAGUUCCUCCUCAAGUGCACCAAGGCCGGUGUUCCUAUCUACUCCGUCCUUGUCGUCACUGUCAUCUCCUGCAUCACCUUCCUUGUCUCGUCAAACAGCGCCGUCGAUGUCUUCUUCUGGUUCGUCGACUUGACCACCACCGCCCUGAUCAUGACCUACACCUUCAUGCUCAUCACCUACAUGGGCUUCUACCGCGCCCGCAUGGCCCAGAACUUCCCUCCCGAGACGCUCCCCUACCUGUCUCCCUGGACCCCGUACUUCCCCGGUCUGGCUCUGCUUUUGGGCAUCCUGGCUCUCAUCUUUGUCGGUUUUGACAACUUCUAUCCCUUCAGCGUGAGAGGCUUCAUCACCUCCUACUUUGGCCUCAUCUUUGGUGUCGUCACCUUUCUCAUCUGGAAGGUUCUGAAGAGGACCCGCUUCGUUCACCCCAAGGAGGCAGAUCUCAUCAGCGGAAAGGCAGAGGUUGAUGCCGAGUGCCGUCAUUGGGAGGAGGGUGGCAUCGAGGAGGUGGAGAGAGCGAGACUGGCUGAGAUGUCUUUCGUUAGGAGAACCUGGGAAAAGAUGUGGUAA